AUGGCGGAAUACGUGGAAAGAGUAGACAGUGUUGUGCUCAGAACUGCAAGUCCUCUGGAGGAUGGCCUGGAGGAGGAAGAGGAAGAGUGUAUCUCUGAGGAAAACGAACUGUUGGCUAAAGAUGAGUUCACGGCGGAGGAGAACUUCACGGCCGAGUUUGAGACCGAGAACAUGAGCUGUGAAGACAUGGAGUACUUCUGCAACAAAGGAGAGGAAGACGGCAACCGGGAAGCUGGAGAUGCCGAGAUGGAAGGUCAAGGCGAGAAGAGCAGGCAUGCUGCCGUGGGCCCAGAAGAGUGGGACGGUCCAAGUAAGAGACUAUAA